AUGUCGACCUCCGCUACACAACCCGUUAUAACAUCGUCGACGUCAGAAGCGCAGAAGCUCACGAUCAGGGUCGGCACGCGCAAGUCAAAACUAGCCCUGAAGCAAGCCGAUUAUGUCGCCACCUCUCUGAAGCAAUUACACCCGACGGUCAAUUUUGAGAUCAAGGGAAUGCACUCGACAGCAGACAAGGACAAAAUAACAGCAUUGUACAAGUUCGGUGGCAAGGGACUAUGGACGAACGAGCUAGAAGCAGAACUUGUGGCAGGGGAGCUCGAUAUCAUUGUACACUCUCUAAAAGAUAUGCCGACGACGCUACCAGAGGGGCUCAUUCUGGCCUGCGUAACACCCCGAGAGGACCCACGUGAUGUUGUUGUCGUCAAGAAAGGACUGGAAGAUAAAUACAAGAAACUUGCAGACCUACCAGCGGGUGCCGUAGUUGGAACCAGUAGCGUUAGACGCAUGGCGCAAAUUAAGCGACGGUACCCGCAUUUGGAGUUCAAGGACAUGCGCGGGAACAUCGACACUCGGCUUCAGAAGCUCGACGCUGAAGACAGCGGGUUCUCGGUGCUGAUCCUAGCCGCUGCAGGCUUGCACCGGAUGGGUCUGGACGGGCGCAUCACACAAUACCUCGAUAGCACUACAGAGGGCGGCGGUAUGCUACAUGCCGUUGGCCAAGGAGGCCUGGGCAUCGAGGCACGAGCAGACGACCAGAAGACGCUCAGCUUACUAAAACCCCUCGAGGACGUCAAGGCCAUGCUAGCGGCAGAGUCAGAAAGAAGUGUCAUGAGAACGCUAGAAGGCGGUUGUAGUAUUCCCAUCGGCGUAGAGACAAAAUGGGUAGGAGACAAUACGCUGAGAUUAACAGGGACAGUUGUCAACGUCGAAGGCACAGAAGCCGCCGACGCUGAGAAGGUCGAAGAGAUCAAGACGCGGGAGGAGGCCAUUGCGUUCGGCAAGAAAGUAGCCCAACAGCUGACGGAUAACGGCGCGCAAAAGAUCUUAGAUGUGAUAAAUGAGGAUCGAGAGGCCAAUAAAGAUAAGGCGGAACCGUGGGUACCGGCGUAG